AUGAGUCCUUCCGGAUACAAGGGCGGUCUAUCCGUAGGAGGCCCAUUGUUGGACAAGUCGAAGUUGCAACUUCGUCGCCCAACCCCAGACUCUGAUGCCUUGGCCUCAAGCGACGAUGACCGCGAGCACGUACCUACCCCGACCGCUAUCCGCCCGGUGGCUGGCGGAUAUCCUGGCGGUCGGCGUCCGUCUAGUGGUUGGCUGCAAGACAUACAGCCUAACCGCAAAUACUCACUUCCGUCAGUGUCGUUUGCAGCAUCUCAACCAACCACGCCAUCAAGCGAAUUCCCACAGCAGGCGCGGCCAACCACCUCGACUUCGUUUCCGUGGAACACGACAAGCUUCACCGCGUCGUCGAACAGCCGUUUGAAGGAGGUCUUGCCCUCGCCGACGUCAGCGAAUCACAGGCCGCUUCCUUCGCCUGCCGCGCUCGAAACCGACGAAGGUAUCGGUUUCCUCUUGAACCAACAACCACCCUCGCCACUCCGUAAAUCUGUCAGGUCUCAGUCUUACAGCAUCGGACAAGGUGACAUUGAGAAUAGCCCCGUGGGUCAGUUUUCUGCUCGCCUGCGCUCCAAUUUGCCCAACCUGCACCACCGUCCCUCAAAGCCCAGUCUCCUUGGCGAGUCUGGCAUUGGCCUCUCGCAGCUGCGUGAAGACGAAGCUGACGAAGUCGAAUCGUCGAACGGAUCUGAGCACGGGGUACGUCUGCCACCCGGAUAUUGGGAGCGUGAAAACAAACAAGCUUUGCUCAUCAAGCAGGCCGCCAUGGAGAACGCACGGGCUCGCAACCGAGCUGCGUCCAGCGGUUCACCUUCACAUCAACAACAGCAGCAGCGUCGCAAGACUACCGCAGGUCUUCGAAACGUCUCCUACGGCACCGCCGCCGAGUACGCCAUCGAGGAACUUGACGACUCCGACACAACAAUGCACCCUCCUGCCUUGUCGCUUACUCGCCGCUUCAGUGAACACGUGUCGUUGCUCGGUCGCGAUCCAGCGGCGGAGCUUACUGUCAGUCCCAAGAGACAGCAGUGGGCCACAGGGAACAUCGAUGCUAUUGGUGGAGAUCCCCUUGGUCGCCGUCAUUCGUUCGCGCACUACAGCAACUACAACCCCACCAUGCCCACCUCCACUCUGAGCCACACGCAGGAGGAGGAUGAAGACAUCAUGUCUCCUCACCACUCAUCUCACUCACCUCUUGAGGAAGAGCCCUUCGACCAUGUUGCCUAUUUCGCUGGUCACGGCCCUAUUGCGCGGGCUAUCAACGCUUCUGCCAUCUCUGCUGCUCACCCAGACCCCAUUGUGCCAAACACUGCGAUGAACACCAGCAAUCCGUACGCUGUUCCACAUGUCCUUGGUCGCCCUGGCCGUCGGCUUUUUGUCGUGACGUUCAAGUGCUCUCGCGCUGACAUCUACUACACGUACGACAACACCGGUCUCGAGAUUCGUCGCGGCGACCUUGUCAUCACCGAAGGCGAUCGCGGAUGCGACCUUGGACAGGUUACGCAUGCGGACGUGACCCUAGAAGAGGCUAAGAAGGCUAAGAACGAGGCCAACGAGGAGCAUUUCCGUUGGCUUGUUAUGUUCUCUCAGUAUUCGCUUGCUGGCGCACAGAACGAUUCAGGCAUGCUCGGCGCGCUUGCUCGCGCCAAAGGAUUCCAAAGCAGCAUGAACAGCCCUCAACAGAUGGGUGUUCAGCAGGAUCAAGAUGCGAAGCCUAAGAUGAUCAAACGUCUUGCGCAGCAGCAUGAAAUUCUGGGCUUGCGCGACAAGGAGGGACAGGAGGCCAAGGCCAAACGUCUCGGAGCCCAGAAGGCUGCCGAGCAUAACUUACCGAUGGAAAUACUUGACGCUGAGUACCAGGCCGAUUUCCACAAGAUCACGUAUUUCUACUACGCUGAGACAUACGUCAACUUCAAUGAGCUCGUCGCCGAUCUCUUCAAACAUUACAAGCAGCGUAUCUGGAUGUCCGCUGUCAAUCCGGCAUCAGUUGUCAAUCCGGCAGGCUUGAUCCAGGUCAAACCGCCCUCUGCGAUCGGUCCUGGUGCCAUUCUAAACCCUAACGCCGCCAACACCCCUCUCGCUGUUGGUCCUGGUUUCGGAAGCAGCAGUCGGCGCUCCAACGAGCAGUAUGGUAAUCGGUCUAACGAGCAAUAUGGCCAUCGCGCCAAUGAGCAGUACGGACAACGCUCCAACGAGCAAUACGGUCGAGCCCGCAACAAUGUUGCCCAGGGUUAUUACGACGAUGGUUCCUACGGUGCCUUCUCCCAUCAGAUUCCCAACUACGCCCCUCAGGCUCCUUACAUGCAGCCUUGGGCUCAUGGCCAACAGGUCGCUCAUCAGCAGAUGUAUGAUCGCUAUGGCAGCUACAACGGCUUUCCCAACGCUACAGGCGGUGGAAGCCCUAUGAACUACGGUGGUUACUAUCCGCCCGCGACUUAUUCUACGUCUCCCGCCUACAACGUUCCUACUAGUGGACCGGCCUAUGGUGGACGCUAUCAGGCUGCAAGCCAGUCUUUCACGUCAACUACAGGUCCCUCAUAUAACCAAUACGCCACUUCUGGGGCGAAUAAUCAAGCAGCUGGGCACGGCGCUUCCGGCGCGGGAUACACUCCGUAUACCUCUGGCACAAUGAACACUGCAGGUUUUGGCGCGUCUGGCGGCUACGGAAACGGAAAUGGAAACGGAAACGGAAACGGAAACGGUCACACACCUACGGCCGGUGCGUCCUACUCUGGUAGCAAUGACCCAGCCUUCCUGGCGGCUAUGCAAAACCUGUCAUUCGGUAACAACUAA